AUAAAUAUAUACAGUUUGGUAUAUAGAGAAUGUUGGUGGAGGGGAAGAUUGCUUGGGCCGAUCCACUCGACUGCGCGCCGGCGCAGGAAGUUGCAAGUCGAGGAGCGGUCGCUGGUGGAAGUUCAACAUCAGUUGAGUCGCAGUUGUCGUGGAGAAAGGUUGUCUCGGUUGUCAGCCCAGUCUCAAGACUCUAGAACAUUUCGAUAUCAAUUGUGAUCUUAAGUACAGUGCGGCAUAAUGUCACAGCAUAAUUAUACCAAUCCGGCGUUCUGCCAGAACAGUGAGUUCUAUCCAGUGCCAAGUGGCAUUGGCACUGGCAAUGUCAAUGCCAGUCGUGUCGAGUCCAUUUACAAUCGCAGCCUGCAAGUGAAUUUUAAUGCGGUGGCUCGUUCACCCUGUCGUGAUCCACGCGAGGGUCCGCUUCGGAUGCAGCGUAGCAUGUCGACGCGUUCGGUGACGCGGAAACAGCAGCAACACCAGCAGCAGCAGCAGCAGCAGCAGCUGCACCCCCAAUACCAACAGCAGCAGGCUGCAGCGGCCUCCAGUGGUCGCUAUGCCUUGGUCCCUCUGGAGGAAUUGGCUGCCGCAAACGGAGCCUUGGCAGCAAGUCGAUAUGCCAUUGUACCAGGACAGGCUGCCCAACGUUUGGCUAGAUCGCAGGAUAAUCUAGAUAGAUAUGGCUCCCGGCAUGGCAUGCAAUCGGACGAGGAACCGCAUUCAUUCCACGAGGAACCGCAUCAGGAGACGCAGUUUGCCAGUUUGCCGCCCAUGUUGAAUGCUGCUCCGUUGCCACCGAAACCCAAGAUUAAGCAUGCUUUCUCAAGUGAUUUCGGCAGCAAAACAUUUCUUAUUGUGGAUAAGAACAGCAAUCAACGAUAUCAAAUGGUGCCCACAGCUGAGGAUGAGGAACUAGUUGAUGAGAAUCAGGAAAUAAUACAAAUGCAUAAUGGUCGGGCUCAUCGAUAUGCGGUGAUACCAACCGAGGCGGAUGAUGAUGAUAUGGCGGAAGAUUUGUCAAUGCAGCAACAGGAAACUUGCCUGAGUACCACAGAAUUGAGUGUUCUCCAGCAACAGCAGCAACAACAACAGCAGCAGCAGCAACAGCAUCAGCACUUUGCUAUGAGGACAUCGACGCCACAGCAGAGAAAUGCAGCAGCUGCCACAAGAGCCUUGCACGAAUUACUCUCGACGCCGAGAAAAAUGCAACCACCCCCACGUCUGGCACAUUCCACGCCACGUAAUGCGGCCCAUCAGGAGCAGCUGCAGCAAGAGCGCCGCCUCCAGCUGUAUCAGAGUCAGCAACACAUUAAUCAAGUGGUGGCUCUGCCCUCGCUUCCCACGCGACAGGCACGACUUUCGCCCCAGCGUUUGCACUACGAGACGGUUAAACCAGUGGUUCCGGUGCCGAUGGCAUCUCAACAGAGCACGGACCGUUCCAUGGCAGUGAUAAGUCCACGUGUGCAACAGCAGCAGCAACAACAGCAGCAGCAGGAGCUGGAUCUAAGCAGCAUUCAGGGGAAAUCACAGUUGAACAAUAAUUCGUAUCCGCAAAAGUUGGCCAAUGCCACCAUCACUUUGGCCGUGGUCUCGCUGAUGUUGGUCCUGGGCAGCACCAUGAAUGCUGGCCUCAUCAUUUACAUGAUAGCCCAUUUUGGUAAAUCAUUCUACCUGCAGUUCGGUUUGAUGGCAUCCUUUUGUGGAAUGGGAUUGGGAUUCCUAGGUUUUCGUUCCCGACAGUGUGAAUGGCUGCCCAAUCGAAGUUACACCUCCGGCUACAUUCUGGUCACUGUAUUUUGUUUAAUCAAAUGCUGUGGCCUUCUCGUGAUCCUUGUCCUAGACCCCUUUCCGGGUCUGCCCUUGCAUGACGUUACCACCGGAGUCAUUCUGGGUCUCUCCACAUUCACAAUGUUCUUUAUUGGACUCGGUGUGGUUGGUAGUUUGUGGUGCUAUCGCCCGCCCCCGGAUAACCGCGUAAAUGUGGUCUAAGACUAACUUUUUAGUUUUACUUUUAGUUUAGCAAUUAGUUUAAGUGAAAUUUCCAUCAAGCGGUACACCGAACGGCUAAAAGACCAAAAAGCAAAUAAGAAUACAAAAUUCCAUAUACAGAAUUUUCGUUUACAAACACAAGACUGUAAAUACAAUAAACGCAUUAGUUAGUUAAGGUUACUAUUUGAAUGUGGUAACCUUUUAUGGAUUGUAAUUAGCAUAAUAUUUAGUAUUUAGCAUA